UCGGCUCUUUCAGUAUUGGGGGAACUGUCAUCCGAAACACAUGUGCGUCACUGCAACUGCCGUCAAGGCGAGAAAGCCAGUUUAAGAUAGAAAGCUCAACACACGCAAACCGGAGUGAUAAUGGGUUGGUGGAGCAAGAAAAGCGAGACAGAUCGCAGCCAGCCCAGCCAGGCACUAGUGGUGCAGGACCCGCGCACACGCGUCAGAACCACGAGUGCAGCCACGGAGACGACCAAUACUGCCGUGCAGAGCUCGACUAUAACGGACAGCAACAAGCAGACGGUUACCUUUCUCACCACCCGCCAGACGGUGACGCACACGCAGCGGGCGCUGAUCACGGAAACGACAACGCGACGCACGCCCAGUCAGGCGGAGUUAGAGGCUCUCUUCGCCCAGAUGAGAAUGGGCGGCGAGGGACCCCUUGGCUUCACCACCACGACAACCAGCUCCUUGCGCUCCCGACCGCCCAGUUUGAACGGCGUCUCCUUUCGAUCCACACAGCCCUUCAAGGCCACGGCAAGCAGUGCCAACAAACGAUCAAGCACCUUGGUCAAUACCGAGCAGACCACAGUGACCAAAAAAAAAGGACACACGGUCACCCAGCACCUGGAGACUCAUCGAGUGGACCUGAAGGAAAGUCGCCCUAAGAGCAACUGGCCGCCAUUUUCGUCCGCUGCAAACAGCUCGGCCUCCACUUACGUCUCACCUUAUGCUCAGAAUCCAAGCCUGGCCAUAACUUACACAUCUCCAUACGCCAAGACCCCAAAAACCACUACCUCCAAUCCUAGUUCCAGCUACGUUUCGAGUCUGUCCAGUAAUGCCAAACCAUCAUCAUCUGUUUCCUCCAUUUCGAGCUUUUUUAAACCCACCCCUAAGCAUGUUGAAACACCACACACCUCUACUGCAACUCCAAAACCCUACGUUAGUCUGGGAUUAUCAGAAGGCACCAAGCCAAAGGUCCCUGCCGUCGCACAAUCCGUAGAUGCCCAGGGCACGAGUUCAACGAGUUUGGGUACCUCGAAGUCUAGCCUGACCAAGAGCAAAUUAAAGCCCGCCCGGGUGUAUAUCUUCAACCACGAGCGGUUUGAUAGCAAGAACAAAUUCCGAAAGGGCAGUGUCCAGGAUGUGAAGGUCUUGCGCGCCACAUUCGAGCAGCUGAAGUGCAAAGUGGAGGUCAUUACAGACGCAACCCUGGCCACCAUUAAAAAAACAGUGCGAAUGUUGGAAACCAAGGACUUUGAGGACAAGAGCGCUCUCGUCCUCGUGAUGCUCAGUCAUGGGACGCGCCACGACCGACUUGCAGCAAAGGAUGACGACUAUUCCCUAGACGAUGACGUGGUUUUUCCCAUACUGCGCAAUCGGACGCUUAAAGACAAGCCCAAGCUACUUUUCGUUCAGGCUUGCAAGGGCGCCAACGAACCAGGGGGCUUUAUGACCGAUGCCGCCCAACCCAAUGGGUCUCCAAAUGAGAUCCUCAAGUGCUAUAGCACGUACGAGGGAUAUGUAUCUUACCGCACGGAGGACGGAACUCCUUUUAUUCAGACACUGUGUGAGGCUCUCAAUCGAUCGGGGAAGACUUCGGACAUCGACACCAUAAUGACGAGUGUGCGACGAGUGGUUAAAAUGCAAACCAAAGACGGCCAAAUUCCAUCUGUUACUAGCACCCUUACCUCUAAGUACGUUUUUGGCGAUUACAUCUGAUCAUAGAUUUACAAUCUAAGACACAAAAUAAAAAAAUAAAUAGCACA